UUCCCAACAAUUCCUAAAACUCGAUAGGACCUGAGGAAGCUUAAUCUCAUUAGUUUGAAAGGCAAGAAGACAAGUCUGCAAAAGAAAUGGAGAUGAAGGCUUCCUUGAAGUUGACUUUCUUGGUCGUGCUCUUAGUCUUUACCAUUGGUCAGGAGAGCAUCGGAGUCGAAGGCAGAACCACAGACGAGGUGAUGAAGUGUGAGAAAUAUUGCAAAGCUCCUUGUGAAUGUGUUCAGCAGUACUGCGUCUGCGGUGGUUCAUCAGAGGAACAACCCCUGACCUCCGGCCGCCUCUUCCCACAUCCGCAAUUGGGACAUUAGAAACAAGAUUCAUUAUGAGUGCAUGCUUCUCCAAAUAGAGUGAGAAGUUUAAUUUAUGUUCAAUAAUGUUCUCUUAAGAAGAAGAAGUCGAUAAUAACAAUACUACCAAUAAUAAUGUUACAUUUGUGUC